AUGAUAAGUAAUAAUAGUAAUAAAAUAGUUUUAAUUACAAAAAAAGGAUUAUCUGAAGCAUUUUCAGUAGUUAAUAGCGAAAUUCCAAAACCAAAGAGUGGUGAAGUGUUAGUUAAAAUUGACUAUGUUGCAAUCAAUAGAGCUGAUUUUGGGUUUUCUUUAGGAUGGUAUUUACCAUUCGAAAAGUAUCCAAAUCCAUGUGGAUUUGAAGCCUCAGGCACCAUAGUAGAAUUUGCAAAUGAUAAACAAAGUAGCAACAGCAAUUUAAAGAUCGGCGAUAAAGUUAGUGUAAUUUAUACAAUGGAUCAUACAAAAUAUGGUACAUUUGCAGAAUAUGCAGUUUUUCCUAUCGAAACUUUAAUCAAACAUAAUGAAUUGGUUAGUCAAAAAGAAGCAGCUGCAACAUGGAUUUCAUAUUUAACAGCCUAUUAUGGUUUGGUUGAAAAUGGUAAAAUUAAAAAAGGCGAUUAUGUUGUAAUCACUGCAGCAAGCUCAGCAUCUGGUAUGGCAGCCAUUAAUCUAGCCAAAUUAUUUGGUGCCAUUGUUAUUGUAACAAGUCGUAGUGAUAAGAAAAAACAACAACUCUUAGACUAUGGUGCCGAUCACUUUAUAGCUCAAGACACUGAAGAUUUUGUUCAACGUGUUAAAGAAAUUACCAAUGGCCAUGGUUUUGACAUUGUAUACGACUCUGUUACAGGCUCUUUUGUUUCCAAACUAGUAGAAGCUGCAUCAAAAGGAGCCAAAUUAGUACUCUAUGGUGGUAUGGACCAUUCUCCAAUCUCUUUUCAGUUGGGUGGUGCAAUUUCAAAAUAUUUAAAUAUUAAAAUUUUAAAUUGCAAUGAAUACCUCUACCAACCAGAAUACUUUAAAAAAGCAACUGAAUUCAUCAACAGCAAUUUACAUACAUUUAAGUCUAUAGUUGGUAAAGAAUUUACAGGUAUCGAUCAAAUAAUAGACUCUCUUAAUUAUCUUUCAGAAUCCAAUCUAUUUGGUAAAAUUUUGGUCAAGAUCAAUUAA